CCUAACAACAUGCCCGAUUUACCGAUGGUAGCGUUCCACACGAUACGAUCAUCCAUCUUGCUGAUGUUGGUGAUCUUUGUGGCACAGCUCUGCUCCGGCCCAGUAACGGUCAUGUACGAACGUGUGGAACAGCUGGAAGGGUUCGAUGUGGUGGACGCUCGAAAUGUUCGUAUCCGGAAAUUCAACCGAACAGUGACCGUGCUGAACGGAACGUUUGAUCUACUGCGAGAGGUAGAUGAUGAUUAUUCCUUUACCAUCGAGCUGGCGUACAGUACGCUGGGUAAUAAUCAGUUCAUACGCUCGCCCUUCCGGGUGCCGUUGCAAAAGAUGUGCAAGUUUCUAAACACCACCUACCGGGACUAUCGGGACUUUUAUCGAAACAUGACCAACUUUCCCGAUGCGGGCGUGUGUCCGGUAGAGGCCAAACAGUACUACGUCAAGAACAAGGUGCUGGAUGCAAAGAUAUUCAACGAUUACUUCCAAGCAGGUUUGUGGAAGAUCACCCUUCUGCUGUACGAAAAAAGCAACUUCGAUCUGUCCAUCGUUGUGGUAGAGUUGCAUUUCCAAGUGUCUCGUGAAGGCAUGUUUUAGCAUAAGGGAUUCGCUUUAAUCUCUGUAUGCUUAUUUGCAAUCGGAGGUCGAAUCGAAUGUUUAUCGGUUUUCUAGAAUUGAAUUAAUUGAGAAUUAAAACAUAAUUAUAC